AUGGAGUUGGUUGUGGAGAUCCUGACAGGGAGGUUCUUCCAUGUUGAGGUGGAGGACGACGCAACCGUGGGGAGUCUGAAGAAAGCCAUCGCGAGCAAGGAGAUGUUUCAGGAGCAGAGGCUGGUGCUGAUGCUGAGCAAUGGCCGGCUGCUGCGGGAUGAUCAGUGCGCCCUUGCCGAGUGUGGCGUCGUUGAUGGCUCCAUCAUCUACCUCUUCUUUACGUCGGUUGGGAACCCUAACUGGCUCACCUUCUUCGAGGACUUCGUGACCUUCUUUGGAUGCGCCGCUUCAGUUCUAUUAUAUUCUGCCAACGGAAAUGAAACUGAGAAGGAUGCAGAUCCAAAUAAAACUCCCAGAGGGUUUGGCUUGAUCGAUAGGGUGAAGGAGGAUAAGGCCUGCCGGUGGACCGUCCUGGCUCUGGUUGCCAGGGACGUCGUAGUUCUGAGCAAAGGCCCUUCAUGGGCUGUACCGACUGGCCGAAGAGAUGGCACUGUAUCAAUCAGAAACGAGAGUGCCUCGCAACUUCCACCACCAUUUCCCGGAAUUUCUAUGUUGAUCGACAUGUUUAAAGCCGAGGGAUUAAUCCUGCAGGACCUUGUAGUUCUAUCAGCUCUGAUCCUGCCAACGACGCAGCGAGGUUCGUCGUUCCUGAAGAUGGAUCCCGGGAGCUUCACUACGUUCGACACAGGCUAA